GCCACUGAGGUUGUCAAGAGAAGAGAAACUAUGGGAUCAUCUCUGAGUUGCUGUGGCUCAGAGAAAGUCGAUGACGGGUUGACGAGUGGGAUCGGAGGGCCCGGAGGGAAUGCAUGUUCGUGGAGGAUAUUCACGUAUAAGGAACUCUAUGCGGCCACCAAUGGGUUCAGUGAAGACAACAAGCUCGGGGAAGGAGGUUUUGGUAGUGUUUAUUGGGGCAAAACAUCCGAUGGUCUUCAGAUAGCGGUGAAGAAGUUGAAGGCGAUGAACUCGAAGGCGGAGAUGGAAUUCGCGGUGGAGGUGGAAGUUCUUGGAAGGGUCAGACACAAGAACUUGUUGGGCUUGAGGGGUUAUUGUGUAGGCACUGAUCAGAGGCUAAUAGUGUAUGAUUACAUGCCAAAUCUCAGUCUCCUCUCCCAUCUCCACGGCCAAUUCGCGAGCGAUGUCCAAUUGGACUGGAAGCGGAGGAUGAAGAUUGCGAUCGGAUCUGGUGAAGGAUUGCUGUACUUGCAUCAUGAGGUGACCCCUCACAUAAUCCACAGGGACAUAAAGGCGAGCAAUGUCCUGCUGGACUCAGACUUCGAGCCACUCGUGGCGGAUUUCGGGUUUGCUAAACUGAUCCCAGAAGGAGUCAGUCACAUGACCACCAGGGUGAAGGGCACUCUAGGGUACUUGGCCCCCGAGUACGCAAUGUGGGGAAAGGUCUCCGAGAGCUGCGACGUGUACAGCUUCGGGAUCCUCUUGCUCGAGCUCGUGACGGGGCGGAAGCCCAUUGAGAAGCUCCCGGGAGGGGUCAAGAGGACCAUCACGGAGUGGGCCGAGCCCCUGAUCGUGAAGGGGCGGUUCCGGGACCUGGCAGACCCGAAGCUCCGCGGGAACUUGGAUGAGGCCCAGCUGAGGACGGCCAUCAACGUGGCAGCGAUGUGCGUGCAGAGCGAGCCGGAGAAGCGGCCUGACAUGAGGGAGGUAGUGGGCCUGUUGAAGGGGCAAGAUCCAAGAGGCCCAAAAGGGAAAGGGGUGCAAAUGAGGAUGGAGAGUGUGAAGUAUGGGGAGGACUUGAUGGCAAUGGAUCAAACAAGUGAUGAUGAUAAUGAUAAUGAUAAUGAUAAUGAUGAUGGGAAGGAUGAGAUUAGUGGAGAUGAGAGCAAUGGUUAUGGGGUGUUUGGGGCUAUGGAGGUCCAAAGAAUCCAAGACCCUUACCAAAGGUUUGGGAACAAUAGAAGAUUUGUAGCACCUAAACGUGUGUGAGAGUUAUGGGCUUCUUAUGGCACUCGUCCUCUCCAUCUCCCAUAUUGUAAGGUAUACAUAUAUAGAUAUAUUGUUCAUCUUUGCUGCUUCUUCUUCUUCUUCUUCUUCUUCUUCUUCUUCUUCUUCCUUGUUAGGCAACAUGGAUUGUUUGAUUCAUAUCGAAAUUUGCAUUUUUGGUUCAACAUUAUCUGUCGGGAAGACGGAUGGAAUUGAUUACUGAAAUCACGUGUAUG